AUGUUCCGCUCCGCCAUUGUCCGCUCCUUGAGGGCCUCCGCCCCCCGUGCCGCUGUCAAGCCCUCGGCCUCCUUCCAGAUCCGCAGCUCCCCCAUUGCUGCUCAAUUCACUCCCAGCCUUGUCUCCCAGAGCAUCCGCUUCUACUCUGCCCCCGCUGGUCUGUCCAAGGAUGAGAUCGAGGGCCGGAUAGUCAACCUGCUCAAGAACUUCGACAAGGUUUCCGACGCCAGCAAGAUCACCGGUGUUUCCCACUUUUCCAACGACCUCGGCCUCGACAGCCUUGACACCGUUGAGGUCGUGAUGGCCAUUGAGGAGGAGUUCAGCAUUGAGAUCCCCGACAAAGAGGCCGACCAGAUCCACAGUGUUGAGAAGGCCGUCGAGUACAUCCAGGCUCAGCCCGAUGCUCACUAA